AUGUCACUCAAACGCAAAGCAGCAGACAUCACGGCGGAAGCAGCCAAAAAGCCCAAAUCGAAUGGCUCUAUAACCUCCUUCUUCGGCCAGCCAAAGCCAAACCCAGAGACAUCAUCAACCAACCCAUCUCAUCCAACCUCCUCCCCAACAGCACCCGCAACGGAACCCGUCAAGUUCGACAAGGACGCAUGGCUGGCCAAACUCACGACUGAGCAGAAGGAUCUACUCAAGCUGGAAAUCGAGACACUUCACGAAAGCUGGCUCAGCGUGCUCAAAGAUGAACUCAUCAAACCAUCUUUCCUCUCCCUCAAGAAGUUUCUCAUGUCUGAAGUCACGUCCGGCAAAAAGGUCUUUCCACCCAGCGAAGACGUCUACAGCUGGUCUCGCCACACGCCUCUCCCUAGUGUCAAAGCUGUCAUUAUCGGCCAGGAUCCUUACCACAACCUCAACCAGGCACACGGACUCUGCUUCUCCGUCCGGCCGCCGACGCCCGCCCCACCAAGUCUGAAGAACAUGUACAAAGCUCUCAAGAUUGACUACCCGGAUUUCAAGGAACCGCCGAAGAAUGGCGGCCUGCUUACUCCGUGGGCCGACCGAGGUGUGCUUCUGCUCAACACCUGCCUCACUGUCCGGGCCCACGAAGCCAACAGCCAUGCCAACAAAGGUUGGGAGCAAUUCACUCAGCGCAUCAUCGACAUUGUUGCCGAGAAACGCAGGAAGGGUGUGGUGUUCUUGGCCUGGGGCACGCCGGCGCAGAAGCGGUGUACGAAGAUCAAUGGCAGUAAGCAUCUGGUGCUGAAGAGCGUGCAUCCCAGUCCGCUGUCUGCUGCAAGGGGUUUCUUUGACUGUGGGCACUUCAAGAAGGCGAACGAGUGGUUGGAGGAGAGGUACGGGGAGGAAGGAGCGAUUGACUGGAAUUUGGAUGUCGCGCCGGAGGACGCUGGUGUCUAA